GGAUGCGGAAGACUACAUUUUUAAUAUACGACCUUGCUGGUGGCAAUUGUUUUUCAACGGAGAUCACCAGUAUAUAAGACUGACUGUUCUUGGUUAUUGUUAAUUCACUACUUGAAUUCCACCUGCUACCAACUACAAGCGAAUAGCCAUGAAGACUAUUGUUGUCGCCAUUGUGGUUGCGUUGGCAUGCGCCGUCUCCGCCCAGAUCCCGGCUGGAUGGAACUACAAUCCAUUUCUCUACUAUCCUUAUUCUGCCCUCCAGCCACCGGCACAGGAAACGGCUGAGGUGGCUGCCGCUCGGGCUUCUCACAUGGCCGCUCACGCCGCAGCUGUUCGUGGUAAACGCUUCGUCCAGUCAGAAACUCCAGAAGUCUGGGCUGCUAAAGUCGAACAUUAUCGCGCACACGCCGCCGCUGCCGCAGCCAACGGAGUCGUUUCUUCUCUUCCACCUUUGUACACCGCUGAAGUAGCUGCUGCUCGUGCUGCUCAUAUGGCAGCUCUUGCUCAUGCCACCGCAAGAGGCCGAAGAUCCAUCCAGGACACUCCCGAAGUUUGGGCUGCCAAGGUUGAACAUUACCGCGCCCAUUCCGCUGCCGCUGCUGCCAAUGGAGUCGUUUCGACGCUUCCUCCUCUGCAGCCGCAACUGCCAGUCUGGGGUCCUCCUCAGCCCGUCCAGGAUACUCCCGAAGUAGCUGCGGCCCGUGCUGCCCAUAUGGCUGCUCUCACUGCUGCCCGUGGUAAACGGUCCGUCCAAGACACUCCCGAAGUGAAAGACGCUACUCUUGAACACUACCGUCUGUACACCGCAGCUGCCUCUGCUAACGGAGUCGUCGCUUACUUGCCAGCGCGAUAUGCUGAUAUGCCCAAUGCUCUUCCUCAGCCUGUCCAGGAUGCUCCUGACGUUGUCGCUGCCAAAGCGGAAUUUGCACGCGCAUACGCUCUGGCCCUGCAGCGAGGUUAAUCUCUGCUUUUUUUGAGAACAUUUCCAAAAGAACCUUACGUAACGUUUCAAAAUGCAACUAAUGAUUGUCGAUGGUUUUUGUAUACAAAAGAGUGGUGGAUUAUCGGAGAUCAAAAUAGAUUUUCUUUUCUUUUUAA